UAUAUAAAAAACAGUCUUAAGAAGAGCUAAAAUAUUAAAUCUGAACUAAAAAAGUAACAUAUUUAGUAAAUGAUACACAAACCUAUGGCAAAGAUGCAGUUUAGCAUCGAUAUGAUACUUGGUAACAGUAAAAGUGAAGAAAAGCAACAGAAUGAUGUUAAACUGCAACGAGAGUUUAACCAAGAAAAAGGUAUCAACGUGAGUUCAACGAUUCGAUUCAACUCUCCCAUUUCAUCAGAGAUUAAAAAUGACGAAAUUGAAGGAGAAAACCGCCAAAAAUUAAGAAGAAAUCGAACUACAUUUACAACAUAUCAGCUGCAUCAGUUAGAGCGAUCAUUUGAUAAAACACAAUACCCAGACGUUUUUACUCGCGAAAACUUGGCAUUAAAGCUUGAUUUAAGUGAAGCUCGAGUACAGGUGUGGUUUCAAAAUAGACGCGCAAAAUGGAGAAAAAGAGAAAUUAUCUUCGGAAAUUCCCCUAGUAACUCAGUAUGUAGUUCGGCUAUAGAAUAUCAUCAGGACAGCCAGAUUUCAAUUCCUGAAGUUCCAAUAUUAGAAGUAACGCCAAUAGUUAAACGUUCGUUUAUUGCAAACAAACAAUCGUGUUCUUGCUCACAUAUUACAGACAAUAAACACCUCGGAUAUGAUAAUUCUUCUUUGAUUAAACCCACUCUUCCUCAUACUUGCACUGCAAGAUCUUGCUUGUACUAUGGCGGAAAAAGACAUAAAAAUAGAUUUUCUGACUUGAGGUGUUCACAUGAAGAAAACUUCAACAAAAGAACUUUCCACAAAAUAAUAUAUCAAGAACCUUGUAAUCGACGCUAUACGGACCUUUCAGACCAUACUGAUCAUUCUUUAAGAUAUAGUUAUUUUCAUUAAACAAUUAUUAUAAAUAUAGUAUAAAUAUAAAAAAUAUU